AUGUCUAACCAACGAUCAACAUCUCAUGAUGAAGAUUUACUUCUUCAAAAUUUUAGUCGUAAUGUAACAACAAAAUCACGGGCUUUAUUCAGUGGUAAUGCCGCUGUUGUAUCAGCUAUUCCACUUUGGCUUUUCUGGCGUAUUCAUCAAAUGGAUUUUUCAUCAUAUUUUAUUCAUUUUAUUCUUGGUACCAUUGCUAGUACAUACUUUCUUAAUUUAGCCUAUCAAAAUAUGAAAUUUAUUUUAAAACAUAAAAUUGCACAAAAACGUGAAGAAGCUGUUAACCGUGAAAUUUCAAAACUCUUCGCUAACGAUAAAAAUGCAAAUAAAAAAGAUAAAGAUGAUCGAGUUUUAACACGUAAAAACGAAGUAGCCGAUUUUGAAGCAACAACCUUUUCGAUCUUUUAUAAUAAUGCAUUCUAUCUUGUUUGUCUUAUUAUAUUAUCAUUUUUUGUCUUUAAAAAUUUUUCACCAACAGUUAACUAUUUAUUUUCAGUUGUUUUAUCAACAGCUGUUGUUUUUCUUUUUUCGACUGGACAAAAAUAA